AUGGCCCUGGUGCCCGGCAGGCCCUACAACUGGCCCUUCGAUGGGGAUUUGACGCCCUCCAACACUUGCGUGAUCGUGGACUUCUGCAGCAAAGGAGGCUACGUGGACCUGAUGGGCCUGGACAUCUUCCUCACUCAGGGCCCCAUCGAGCCCAUCCAGAAGCUGCUGGAGGCGUGCCGCCAGCAGGGGUACCAUGUGAUCCACACCCGUGAGGGCCACCGCCCAGACCUCAGCGACCUGCCAGCCAACAAGAAGUGGCGGUCGGAGCAGAUCGGCGCGGGCAUCGGGGCGGCGGGGCCCUGCGGCCGCGUGCUGGUGCGGGGCGAGCCCGGCUGGGAGAUCAUCCCUGAGCUGGCGCCGCUGCCCGGGGAGCCCAUCAUCGACAAGCCCGGCAAGGGCUCCUUCUACGCCACGGACCUGGACCUUGUCCUGCACACCAGGGGCAUCCGCAACAUCGUGCUGACGGGCGUCACCACCGAUGUGUGUGUGCACACCACCAUGCGCGACGCCAACGACCGUGGCUACGAGUGCCUGCUGCUGUCCGACUGCACCGCGGCCACUGACCCUGCCAACCACCAGGCCGCCAUCAACAUGAUCCAGAUGCAGGGCGGCGUCUUUGGCUCAGGCACGCGCCUCCGCUGGGCCCGUCAAUUACUUGGCUGCUGGUCGAGGCGGCCGCCUGAACUUGUCGCUGUGCCCUCUCCAUUAUCUUUCACUUGCAUGUCACGAAGUGCACCAUGGGCUCUGUUGUGCUGCUGUGCAGUGGCAACCUCUGCUGACUUCAUCGCCACCAUCACCAAGACCCCGCUGCCGUCCGCCCACGUGCCCCUACUCGCCAACGGCACUGGUGCGCGCCCUUGCCCGCCUCGCCCUCGGCCUCAGCAGGACCUUGCAUGUCCAGCCCCCUAA